AUGUAUUUCCUGGAUCUCAGCCCUGCCUAUGUAUUUUUUAUGUCUUAUUAUCUAGCAGGACUCAAACUGUUUGCUAACAUUUUCUUUAAAAUGCAGGUCUCUGUGAACAUGCGUACGAAAAAGGUGACCAAAUUUUUGUCGAAGUACGAAUUCCCCACCCGCUUGCCUCAUCCACUGACCUUUCUGCCGAAGCGACGCAUCAUUGCGCUUUGCAAACAAAUCGAGGCUUGUCUCAGCGCUGGCGCAGUCGCCGCUGGUGGAACUGACAUUGUCACUCGAAUUGAAACUGGUGGCUUUCAUUGGGACGAAUAUGAUGACGUCGUCGCUCAUCCUGACUUCGAAGAGUCUCUCCAUCGGCUCCGCAAAGUCCUACGCAAUCGGCUGCCCACCACCAAAAAUGGUGGGUUUGUUCGCUCUUCUUAUGUUUUCCCAUCCUCUCUUGCCUCAUAUUGCCCCCCCCCUCGUACAACUAUUACUACUAUUACCAAUACAAGAGAACCUACGAGUCCCAGGAAGUAA